AGAAAGUUAGAGACGACCUUCAGCAAAGAUGGCUUCCCUCAUCAACAAGCUGCGUUUUACUGCUCGGCCGCUCCAAACAUUUGUUUCACGAUACGCAGCCGUCAGUUUAGCCAGGAAUGGGUCAUCAGGCCCCCCUCCAGUAGUUGAUCCCGCUUUGAAAGAGGACAACUCGAAAAAGGGCGAAAUACAAUACAAAGAAUGGGACAAUGAAGUCAGAACAAGUAUAGACGCACAUUAUAUAGAUCCAGAACCACUACCGAAGGAGUACCCACUUGAGCUUGGUGCAAUGCCAGGAGAUACACGUCAUGAAAUGCUGGAGGAGAUGAGAGGAAGCUUGGAUCCAUUUGAUGCCAUGGUAAAGAAGCAGGAGGUAUUUGGAGACCUUGGCACCCGGGCUCUACCCAUCUUAGUUCCAUCAACAUCAGGGUCCAGGCUGAUUGGAUGUGUCUGUGAGGAGGAUGCGGAUGAGGUUAGCUGGAUGAUGAUUUACAAUGGCGAGAAGAAAAAGUGUGAAUGUGGCCAUUGGUUCCAAAUACAUAUGAUUGAGGGCGCACAUGACCACUAACCACCCCUCUAGUAAUAAUCAUAUUACACCUCUGCAGGCUGUUGUCUUAGGAACCAAUGUUUGAGUUAUUUUAGAACUAUGUCAGGAAAUUUGAAGAAAAAUGUGAUAGUCGUUAUAAGUAUAAUUUAUCGUUUAAUUUAUCGGAAUAUAAUUGUUGAAUUAAAGGUCCAGCAUUCAAUUGUAUAAAACUGGUUAAUUUUUUGACUGGUCGAAGUUAACCAACACGUUUAUUGAUUGGUCAAUAUUUAUCCAAAAAUUACUAAAUUCCACUCAAAGCACAUUUUCAAACUGACCAAAAUAUAAUCUGUGGACAACAUACUAAUGUUUUAUACAAUUGGCUUCAGGUUGCUUAAGUGAGUGAAUUAUCAUUGAAUGGAAGAUACUGAAAAUGAUAGAUCAAUUAGAAUUUGAGCCUCAGCAUUUUGCUAAUUUUACCUUUGUCUGCAACAAAUAGUCAAUACUUAUAGGUAUAGUUUAAGGGUUUGAUUUCUGAAAGAUAAUUGUGUUUUUCUUUGAAUGUUGAUUUAUGUGCUAUGUGAAUUAAAUAUGAAGUUAA